UUACAUAGAGCUUGGAAGAGAAAGCUGAAAGGCGGGGAGGGGCAAGGAGCCUUGUCAUAGAGAGAGAGAGGGGAGGCGGAGAGGGAAGAGACGGGCACCUUUGCUGCAUGUAGCACGGAGGAGACGAGAGUGGAGGGCGAAUGUGACAUUCGAUCCAGGAAAAAUAGGAGUACAGGCGUUAAAGAACAGUGGACCAGUAUAGAAAAUAGCCAAACUCUAUAUGCUAAAAAUGUUCUACCAGAAGAAAUAAUAUGAGGGAGAUUUCUGCACUGUGUAUAAAGUGUAUGGAGAUUUCUAUACUCGCCAUGCUUGAGUUGAAAGAGCUAUCUUAAAGGAGUGACAGCGCUUGGACUAUGUCCCAUUGCUGUACUAACCUCCUGUGGGAUGUACGAAAACGUGCACUUGGAUUGGAUGAACCCAGCGCUGUCCGUAUCAACUAUUUGGGACGAAGAGAAUUCGUUCAAAAACUUAAAUUGGAAAGAACUCUAAAUAUACAUCAUGGUUGUGUAAAUUCGAUUUCUUGGAAUAGCACAGGGGAAUACAUACUAUCUGGGUCUGAUGACACAACUUUGGCCAUUUGUAACCCCUUCAAUAAAAAGGUCUUGACAAGAAUCCGCUCAGGUCACAGAGCCAAUAUCUUUAGCGCAAAGUUCCUGCCACUUACCAAUGACAAGCACAUCAUUUCAUGUUCUGGAGAUGGAGUCAUUUACUUCACAGACAUUGAAAAAGAUACAGAGACAAACAGACAGUGCCAAUUUACAUGCCAUUAUGGAACAGCAUAUGAGAUUAUGACUGUUCCCAAUGAUCCCUACACAUUUCUGUCAUGUGGUGAAGAUGGCACUGUGCGGUGGUUUGAUAUUCGCACCAAGACCAGCUGUACAAAAGAAGACUGUAAAGAUGAUGUUUUAAUUAACUGCAGACGUGCCGCUACCUCAAUAGCCAUUUGCCCUUCAGCUCCGUUCUACCUUGCAGUUGGAUGCUCUGAUAGUUCCGUGAGAAUCUACGAUCGCCGAAUGCUUGCAACAGGAGCAACAACCAAUUAUUCAAAUCGCGGAACUACAGGAAUGUGUGUACGGUUUGUCCCCUCACAUCUUGCAAACAAAUCCUGCCGUGUUACCUCCUUGUGCUACAGUGAGGAUGGGCAAGAGGUUCUUGUGAGCUACUCAUCGGACUACAUUUAUUUGUUUGAUCCAAAAGAUGACCAAGCAAAGGAGCUCAAGUUUUCUUCAGCUAGUCAAAGGCAAGAAGAAGUUCGACAACCACCACUUAAACGCCUUAGGUUACGAGGAGAUUGGUCAGAUACAGGGCCCAGAUCAAGGCCUGAAAGUGAACGAGAAAGAGAUGGUGAUAACGCUACCAAUGCGUCACUCAUGCAAAGAAUGUCUGAUAUGCUUUCAAGAUGGUUUGAAGAAGCAAGUGAGGUAGCUCAAAGCAGCAGGAGAAGAGGAAGGACUCCAAAUAGAGUAGAGUCCGCACCAGACACAACAACUCCAGCAACUACAAAUCCAACAGAAUCACAGGCUGUUGAAGCAAGUUCAGGGAUGGGCCAUGAUGAAAAUGCACCUAUAAGAACAGAUGUUGGAGAAAGCCAUAUCUUGCCAUCUGCUGAAGAGGCUGCACAUCAACAGAGUAGUUCAUCAGGCAGCUCUACUUCCCCUUCUGAUUCUACUUCUGUGAUUAGCAAACAGCUUGGAUCCAUGUCAAUUGAUGAAGGACUUGAGAGUGGUAAACGAAGACCAGAAAGUGAGACAAGUGAACCAGUGCUGCAGUUGCAUUACAGUACAGAAGGAACUACCACAAGUACUAUAAGACUGGAUUUCACAGAUGAAUGGAGCAACACUGCCUCAAGUUCAGUAGCUGUAAAAGUGGGAGGUUCUGAUGAUGCUGCUACACCUGAACCAACUUUGCCAACUGAAAUGGAAGUCAUUACUUCUGUUUCUACUGAACAAGAUGCGGCUGCACUUCCCGACAACAUGGAAACAGACCCAAAUAGCACAAAGAUGAGUUCUGAACAACCAAAUGCAAGCUCAAGUACGGCUGAGCAACCUGAAACAUCUAAAAACACAGCACAGUCUGACAUGUCUGAAAGCUCCAGCCAUCGGGAAACUGACAGCGAUGACAACACAGUUCGGUUGCCUCCAAGAGCUCAGACUCAAAACAGAUUUAAUGUUGGAAGUCCAUCACUAAGUGAUAGGUUAACAAGGAGAUCUGCUGCAGCUCGAAUUCAAGAGCUGUUUAGAAGAAGGAAAGAGAGGAAGGAACUGGAAGAAUUGGAUAUGCAAAAUGUUCGUCAACCAUCUCCUAAAAUCCUGUUCAAGGGACAUCGGAAUUCCCGGACUAUGAUCAAAGAGGCUGGCUUCUGGGGUAAAAACUUUAUCAUAAGCGGGUCAGACUGUGGUCACGUCUUCAUUUGGGAUCGACACACAGCUGAGCAUCUAAUGCUCUUAGAAGCAGACAACCAUGUGGUUAAUUGUGUUCAACCACAUCCAUAUGAUCCAAUUUUAGCAUCAUCUGGAAUAGACUACAAUAUCAAGAUAUGGUCACCACUUGAAGAAGACAAAUCUUUCAACUGGGCACUGGCUGAAGAGAUUAUGUCAAGAAAUGAAUUGAUGCUGGAAGAAACACGCAACACCAUCACAGUGCCUGCCUCUUUUAUGCUACGAAUGUUGGCAUCACUUAAUCAUAUCAGAGCAGAUCGAUCUGAACAAAGUGCAGAAGGUCAAGAAAACUCAAAUGAAGAUGAGUGAUGCAAUCAAGUGUAUAUGAAUGUGCUGUAACUUGUAUAUUGUACUGUAUUUACAUAUGACAAAAUGCCUCAAUAAUAUUUUGGUUUAGACUAAUGUUUAAUAAGUAUGGAUAAAAAAAAAAAAAGUAAUGCGUUGUAAGUUAUUUCACAAUUGUUUUGACUUUUGAACAAAAUGAAUGGUGACUCUUGCGUUGUGUAGUGCAGUUGGAAGGAAAUCCUAUUUACUAAUUUAUAAAGCAAAAAAAACUUUGUAAGAAUGAGUUGAUGGAUAAUGGUUUGUAUGAUGUAUGAUUAAAAAUUUGUGUUGUAUAAGCACAUGGCAGGUUGGGAAACGCAUCUGAAAGUAUUUCUGUAUUUUAUAUGCUAUGGGCAGUGUGUGGUUUGUUUUCAUAAGUACCAAAUUUAUGCAGCUUUCCUAUAGAAUAAUGGCUUUAUUGUCUGAUGUCAAAAUAAAGAAAUGAGCUGCAGGUCAUGUGAUAACUGGUGGGAAUGUACUUUGGUCUAAUUUCUAUGUAAGCCAUGUUUCUCUAUCAUCUCUGCAUCUUCUUCCGUCAUUGAUGACUUGCACUAUUGCAUUUUUUUAAGCAUUAACAGUGCAUGCACAAUUUUGCAAUACCAAAUAUAUUUUGUCAGGGAAAAUGAAAUGUGACAUUUCAAUAAAACUCCGUUCUAAAAUGUCA